AUGUCUUUCGACGAUUUUAAUCUAUAUUGGAAAAAACAUUUAAUUCCUGGAGGCAUUAGAGCGUGGCGUAAAAAAUGUUCUGAAUUAAUUUGGAAAAAUGAAAUGCUUAACAGUAGGAAGGUGGAAGAUUUGUUUUUUUAUAAUCAUAAAGGCGAAUUUGAUUGGAAUAGAACGUUACAAUUUAUUAGUAAUCGAAAUAGUAACUGUACAUCAUGGGAAAUCGAAAAAGAAGAUGUAUGGGAACGUUCAUAUAAAAUUAAAAAUUUUUUAAAAGAAUUGCCGACCUACGAGAUAUUGUACAAAAGAGAUGUGAAUAUGAUAGAAACAGAUCAAUGUAUUAGAUGUAAAAAUGGAGUUGAAAAUUGGGAUCAUUUAUGGAUCUGUGAAAAGAACGAGUUAACGAUUAAAGAAGUUAUAGAACGUUCGAUUAGUGAUUUCGAAGAACAUUUAUUGAAUGAAGAAAAGCAUGAGGAAGUAAAAUUAUUACAGAACAUGAAUUUUAGUUUUUUAAAGAUUUUGUAUGAAAAAUCAGAAGUUCUGAUCGGAAAAGAUAAAUAUUGGGAAUUGAUUAGAGGAGUUUAUAAUGGUAAAUUUAAUAAAGUAUCAAAAGAUAAAGAUGAGAAAGAACUGAUAAAUGAGCUUUGGUUAGAACAAAGUUUAGGUAUUAAAAAAUCAGAUAAAAGAGUUAGAAAAUUUAAAGAUAGAGAUAUAGAGAGUGAAGAUAAAAAUAUAGAAAUCGAAGAAAAUAAUUAA